AUGCAUCGAUGUAUGUGUUCCCGUGUGAACGUGACUCUGCUUCCUCAAACACGACGAAAAUUUGCUUGCUUUUGUCUCCCACUUGGCUUUGAGAUGGAAUUGAAUCCAACAUUCUUGAAGGCCAAAGCUGCCUUUGAGCAUCAUCUUGCCACUGUCGACCUCAAGAAGGCGCCGCCAGAGGGUCUUACUUCGCUCGUCUGCAAGUUUGGCCUAACGACGGACGUGCGCGAAGCGCUUGCAAAAGUUGUCCAGACCCACGGGUGCACCAUGUCCGUAUAUGAACUGGACGAAGAACAGACGAAGAAGGUUGACGCUCGGCGCAAAGGGCGUCUAACUCAUACAUUUUUCACUGUGACCGCUGCCGCCCAGCAGGCAUACCGCGCCGCGAACCCUGGUGCAGAAAAUAUGGUGCUGCCCCGGCAAAAACCCGGGCGCCCGCGCAAUCCGGUCAGACCCAAGAAGAGCCCUGGGCAGCGGAAAUUGCAGCUUGUUCAGCCUGCGAAGAAGCCGAAAAUGGAAGCGGAGGGGAAGUCAAGCGAGAAUGAGGAGGAUGUCAUUGACGACGAAGAUGAUAGCACCGAAGAAGAGGAAAGCAUAGUGGAAACGGUGAAAUCGACGUGGGCCAAGCAGCAGCAGCAACCCCGCUUGCCGACGGGACGCCUAAUUGUGCCCGGCCCCAGCAGCAACAAGAACCAGUCCUCGAAGAAUCAGCCGUAUAUGCACAGUCCCGUAUUUGGCGAUAUGACCUCCCCUACUCCGGCGCCGCGUUAUCACAAACAAGUCGACCGCAAUGCGAUGCUUCUCGAGGAUACGGACAACGAAAGUGUUUCGGGGGGCCUUAUUGGCAGCUACAAUAUUGCUGCGAGCGACUUCGACAGGUGCAUGUACGAGCUUGCCGGCCUGGUAGAGCUUUGCCCGGCGGAGAGCCGGAGCAAGAAGCAGAGGGAAAUCAAGGAGGGCGUAAAGCGCGCGGUGAGGAACAUGGAUCGGAUGCGCACCAGCGAGGGAAGUUACCGGAAGCGCAAGCGGGACGAGUGGGAGGAUGAUGUGCAGCUAACCUGGAGCAGUGGCAAAGGGAAGGAGAAAGUGCGCCAAGUUUCCGUGUUUGGCUCGCCGGUUAGCAACACGCGCCGCACAUAG